ACCGUGAACGAGAAGAAAGGAAUCAAGGAAUCCGAAAAAGAUCGUGAAGCAGCUUUCACUCCUCUGCGCACAGGACGAGAAACGGAAUCAUUGGGAUAUUUGUGCAUCUAUUAUUUCGGUCGGAGCCCCAUCCAAUUGACAAUUGUGGUGUGGUGGCGUACGGUUUCUAGCUAGCUGGCUGCCUGGUUUUCUCUCUCUCUGGCUCUCUCGGCCUUUGCAAAGUGGUGGUGGUUCAGUGGCUGAAGUUUGGUGCUUGGAGGUGCGUCCAGAGGUCCGAGGUUGAGGAGGAUGGAAGCCGGUGAGAAUGGCUAAGGCGGCGGUCAGGCAUCGGCGAACCCGUGAUUGCUUCCUCUCCUGAUGAUCGACCACCUCUUUCUGCACAUUCCAAGACGAUCUUCCAAUGGUGGAGUUGUCCACCCAUCCAGAUCAGGUUGGCUGCUGACCCGCGUGAUAAGUGGCGGUUUGUUUGUUGAUGGUAGAGCAUGGAUAUCCUCUCCGAGAUUGAGGCAUUAGAAUUCAAAGAAGCAUUUGAUGAAUUUGACAAGGAUAGAAGUGGAUCCAUUUCCACCAAGGAGCUGCUGUUUGUCAUGCGCUCCAUCGGCCAGAACCCCACCGAGGACGAGAUCCAGGACCUCAUCAUGGAGUCGGAUCUCAACGGUGAUGGCACCAUCGAUUUCAAGGAGUUCCUCGCUAUGAUGAAGCGUAAGAGCGCAGAAACUGACCAAACAGAGGACCUCAAGGAGGCCUUCAGGAUAUUUGACAAGAACAAAAAUGGCUACAUCGAAGUGAAAGAGCUGAAAAACGUCACGACCAUGCUUGGUCAGAAAUUGACAGAUGACGAAUUCGAGGAGUUCUGGAAGGAGGCCGACGUCAAUCACGACGGCAAGCUCGACUACAAUGAGUUUGUCAAAGCCAUGGCAAACAUAUGAGGAGGGAAGAGCAAGCCAGCCAGCCAGCCAGUCAGCAACCCUCACCUACACACUCACUGGCUCACUUGGCAGAGUGUCGUCGUCAGCAACCACAAUUACAAUAGCAAUAAUAACAAUAACGACAACGACAACUUCAAUCAUCUUCGCCUUCCCUAAGAAAGACCUUCAGAUGGCAGAGGCAAAUAAAAGACCUUGGUUUGCCUCCACCACCUCUGAGUCAGUCUAACAAAGGGUGCGUACCAAAUGCUCAAGAACAUAUUCAAUGUAAAUGUAUAUUCUUUUAGAGACUGCUUGGUACAUCCAACCUGUAGCAUGAUAAUCAACCCCAACACCCUCCCAAUUUUUUGCCCAAUGCCACCUCUAAAAAGCCCAUAUCAUCAUCCCCAGAUGGUAGAACUGCCUCUGCGCCGUCCAUGUUUCAAGACACAUUUUAUACCUUCAUCCAAUGUUCUCCCCUCGCCGCCAAUCAAGUAUACAGUAAUUACUUCAUUAUCCUCACCACUCAAGACGAUGAGUGCGUGAAAGACUCGUUGUUGUAUUACCAAUAUUAUAUUCCUUGAAAGCUGUCAGUUACGGCCCAAGGAUCCACCCAAGUUGUUGGAUCCCCUUCCUCCGCUUCCCAGUCAUUAUUAUUCCAAAAUAUUCUAUCCUAAUAGUCAUCAUGAGAAGAAAAUAAAAACUGAGUGAUUGAUUCGGAGGUACAGCCCUCAAACAUGCCUCUGGAUUCACAAGGAUGUGCUCUAUUUAACGAACCCAAAGGUGUCUCAACGAUCUUUGGGGUUUGGGAGCCCACGGUUGGCCAUGGCCCUGA